AGUGUAUUACUUUUUUUUUCUUCUUCACCAAAUACUGCUCUGGAUUUUCCGUCCUGCUCAACUAUAAUUCCACUAUUCUUUUACACACCUUUUCGCCUCUUUCUCGUUGAUUUUGUGAGGAGGAACGUGCAACAGCGUGAGAGCACUCAGCAGUGCUUCUGUACAACACAGGAAAGCAAAACGAAGCCUUUUUUUUGUCUGCCAGGCUGAGUUCGCUUUCGCCUUCCAUAAAGACCAACUACUUUCAUUUCAUCUUUUUCCACCUGCACCGCAAAGCUAUCUAGUUUUAUUUUGGAAGUUGUCAAAUACAGUUCGUUUCCUCACUUUCUUCAUCAUCGUCUUCCACCAUGUCCCGUGCAAGUGACAGGGACUCCUUUCAGACGUUGAAGGCACAGUUGGCAGAGAAGGAAUUCAAACUCAGUGAGCUUGAGAACCGUGUCAAAGACCUUUUCAAUGAGGCGAACGAACUUGAUGAGAAGCUCCGAAUUUCGAAUCGCAAUGCUCGUGUUUUGGAGGAAGAGAACAGCAAUUACCACAUGAAACUCAAGUCAAUUGAGAAAGAUGAGGACAUCUCUAAACUUGUGCCAUCGCAGAAGGAGGCGAUUAAACUCGUUAAAGAAAACGAGGACUUGCGCGCCCGCCUUGCUGAUGCUGAAGAGCACUUGAAGGCAGAAGCUGUUCAGAUCCGCGAAAGUGACUCUGGUGCCGACAAGCAAAUCCGUGCCCUCAGCAGCGAGUGCGAACGGAUGCGAAAAGAGAGGCAGCGGGAGGUGAAAGAACUUGAAAACACGCGUUUCCAGUGCGCGGAGUUGCAGAAGAGACUCGAUGACGAGCACGAAACGCUCAAAACUGCAAGGGACCUCUGGGAUCAGGAGCGAGAACGUUACCAUCAAAAAAUUGAUGAGCUGCUUGAACAUAAUAAAAGCACUGUUCGAUCCACGACUCCCCGCACACACUUGCCAAAAGGCACAACCAGCGACGAGCCGUUGGAGCAGGUUUUGCUGAAGGAGGACGUUGCACAACUGGAACAAAAAUUGAAAGACGUCCAGGAAAGGUUGUGGGGGAAAGAAAAGGAAUGGAUUCGUACGGAAAACGAACUGCGCAAGAAAUUUCAGUCGCUUCAACUGGUAAACGGCUCGGAAGGGCGCAAUGACAAGGCUCUUUUUCAGGCAAUGAAGGAUCAAAUUAGGGCACUGCAGGACGAGAUCAAAGCUUUGCGCAACGAUAGACUGGCUUCGCGUUCCGCCGUUCUGGGAGCUGCUGCUGCUUCCGCUGCUGCCAGCAAGAACCCCGCUUCCACAGUCGCGCAGCCGCUUCAAGGUAGUGGUGUGGCGAACUGGGCUGCCCGCUACGAUGCUGCUUGCAAAGAGAAAGAGGCGAUUCAGGACCAACUUGACGCUGCCAAGGCUACCAUUCUCGCGCUGCAGCACAUGGCAGACGACAAGACCAUCUCCUGCAAGGAACUGGAGGUUCAAAUCGCGGCGCUUCGGAAGAAGGAGGCAAAUGGCACGCGUCGUGCUAUUGCAGGCGGGGCAGCUUCGACUCGCUCAGUCGGUGAGCAGAGCUUCAACAGCCGCGCUUCCACUUCGUCAAACGCCGUUGACGCUGCGAGCACAAUUUCACAGCUGAAGCAGCGCAUCCGUGUUCUGGAGAACGAGCUGACGAACUUAAAAAACGAUCAUGAACAGAAGGAAACCAUCAGCAGCGUGCGCACGAAAGAGUACCAGAUGCAGGUGGACGAGUUACUCCGCGAGAACGCGGCCCUGAGGAACGAAAACGGAGAUACCUGUGGUACUGCCGAGAGCGCUUCACCUGUUGACUCGAUGGAUGGCGUUAUUCGCCUCACGAAAGACAAGCGCGAAUCCGUCGAGGAGGUCAUGCGUCUGCUUGAGUUUUCGUGGGACAGCGACGAAGAGGCAAAGCGUCAGCUGCGCCGGGCCAAGUACCAAAGCGCGUCGAUGGCGGGUCAGGAUGCCGCCAAGGAUGACGAGAUCCGUCGUCUGCAAAAGACUGCGGACGAUUUAGAGAAUCAGCUGCAAGACAUGGAGAAGAAAGGUAACGAUGUUGAUGAACUGAAGGACGCAGUGAGCGACUUGCGCAAGCAACUCCGCGGCUUGCAGGCGGAAAACGAUAAGCUGCGCAAGAAGAACGGCGACUUGGAGAAGAGCCGCAACGAUGCCGCCAAAGGCCUAGCUGCGAAGGAAGAAGACGCAAACCGCCGCAACAAAGAGCUUCAGAAGGAAGUCGAGGACUUGAAGCGACGGCUGGCGGACGCUCGGAAACCUUCUAGCAGGUCGGGUUCUCCCGCUGUGAGUCCGCGCACUCCGCGCACUCCGCGUAUUGCCGCGCGUCGCCGCACCCCAGAGGUUCCUGCGAUGUCUCAAUUGUCGGUGCGCUCGACCGAAGAGCAGCGUCGCAGCGCCGUCCCGGAGGGUGCCCACCUCGCCUUCACCGUUGUCGAGCUUGCGGAUGUGCUACGCAACGGACGACCCAUAACCGAACCCGGUUAUGUGGUCAUUAAAUUGAAGUCUAUCAAGGAGAAGUACAAGACUUCCGUCAAAGGAUUGUCCUCCGUUAUCCGCUUUGACGAAACGUUUGUCUUCUAUCUCGCGCAACCCGAUCAGGACGUCAUCACUGUGCACGUUUUUUACCAAACCAAGAACGGCUCUCGCGAGUACCACAUUGGUGACGCUUGUUUUUCCAUGGCCACGCUUUACCGCGGGGUGCCUCGUCAGCGCAUAGCUCCCGUGGUUCAGAAUCCCGGCACGAAGGAUGCGCGCCGCGCUGGCCAGAUUGAGGUCAACCUCCAAACUGACGACUUUGGCAAAACUAUGGAGCCGACAGAGGAUGAGAUGGAGGACGAAAGGGCCCGCUUCGACGAACUCGUGAACAAAUAUGAGCACAACGCGCCAGAGAAGCUUCACGCGGCUGACGUUUACAUGGCGUCUGAGCAAUUGUAG